UCAAAAUGGCGGCGAAUGAGCGUCAAGAAACACCGGCGUCCCCAACACGGGUAGUGAAAGAUCCGUCUGUCAUGCGUGAUUUGAAAAUACAGCUUCAGACAGCAAAAAUAAACCUGACAGAACUGUCGACAUUAGCACAGAAAGGAGAUGAAAGGCUUGUUGAGAAAUUUUUAUCAGAAAAUGUACAAGUAGAUAUUGGAUCUGAUGAUGUAGUUUUACAAAGUCAGCUGUAUGUCGCUGCAUUUUGGGGGUUUUAUGAUGUUCUUAAAGCCUUACUUAAUGCAGGAGCUGAUAUAAAUCAUCAAAAUAAAGGCACUUUGUGGACACCUUUGCAUGCUGCAACAUUUCAAGAACAUGGAAAGGUAGUGAUGUUACUUUUAGAACGAAACGCACAACCUGAACUUGAAGAUUCUGAAGGAAGGACACCAAAAGAUUUUGCUUCUGCAUCAGAUAAAAUCUGGGGACACUUUGCAGUUUUGGGUUGUCCAAGAACAAGUAAAGAAACACUCAUAGAAAAAGGUAUCAUUAAAAAGAUUGAGAGGCCAUCAUCAUCCACAACAUCAUUACCCACCAGUGUAAUACCCUCUGUACCAACAUUAGGAAGACUACCAGGGUCAGGGAUCAGAAUGGCUGCAUAUUCUAGACCUGAUUCUGCAUAUGCAAUCAGAGCAGAUCCAUUUCAGAAAAAAAAUAGAACUCAUGACUCUUCACAAAUGGCAGCGCUACUCGGUGGUGAUGUCCUGGCGGAAGAGAAUGUGAAACCUCGUCAGUCACAAGAUGGGAGCCAACCACAGUUCUCACUUUGGAGAUCUUGAAUUUGUAAGGCCAGGUUGACAGUCAAAUAUGUCUAUCUGGUGUAAUUUACAUUGUAUAGUUGUACCUACCCUGGAUGCCAGUACGCUACUGUAAACAUAUAAACAUGAUAGUUCAAUCUCGUUA